AUGUCUGUCAUUCGAGUUGGUUUAAUCGGAUUGUCCAGCGCCGCGGCAGAGGACUAUGAAGGCACUUCAUGGACUCCCAGCGCCCAUCUCCCAUUUCUCACCAAGUCCCCCCAUUUUGAGAUUGUUGCUUUACUCAACAGCUCCGCGGAGUCCGCCGAAGCGGCGAUCAGAAAAUACAAUCUCUCAAGUGAAACGAAGGCCUAUGGCGAUCCCCAAGACCUUGCCAAUGACCCCAAUGUCGACCUCGUAGUUUGCAGCGUCCGAGUAGACCGGCACCUCCUGACCGUGCGCCCGAGCCUAAUCGCUGGGAAAGCAGUGUAUGUCGAAUGGCCACUAGACCGUAACCUUGAAGUAGCCAAGGAGAUGGCUACCCUGGCGGCCAAACAUAAUGCCCCCACGAUAGUAGGCUUACAGGGCUCGUUUUCACCUGCCAUCCGCAAGCUGCGGUCGGUUAUCGAGAGUGGACGGAUUGGCCGUGUUCUCUCUAGUACUGCCGCUGGGGCCUUGGGCAACAGAAUUGAUGCAGAGAGCAAAAACGUGCGAUAUUUCCUAGAUCGUGAAGUUGGAGGGAAUCCAACGACGAUCCAUGUUGGCCAUGGCUUGGAAUUCUUUACCGCCGUCCUCGGGGAGUUCAAAACAUUCAAGACUUUUUCGACUAUUAGUCGGCAGACAUUAGACAUCAAGGACUAUAGCGUUGGAGAGCCCGGGAAGGUUAUUGCGGCUGGGGUUCAGAAUACCGUCCCUGAUCAGAUCCUCGCAUACGGCAGGGUUGAGCCUUAUAAUGCAGCGGUGACUAUCAAUCUUUACGCUGGAAAGGAGUUUCCGGGUCAACCGCGGCUUGAUUGGCGCAUCCAGGGUGAAAAGGGCUGGUUGCGACUGAGCUCCCCCAUGUUUUUCUUAAAUGUCGGUGGCCCAGGAAUCAAGCUGGAGAUUGCGAAUCAUGAUACGGGAACCGUCGAGGAGCUAUUCCCGGAGACAGAUGAAUGGGAUGAACUAUCGGUCCCGGCGCAGAAUAUAGCGCGUCUCUACGAGGCCUAUCGCAAGAAGGAAUGGUAUCCCACCUUCGACUGGGCGCUGAAGAGACAUGAGGCAAUUGAUGCGCUUUGGAAACAAUUUGAUGAAGAUAGUCAUUGACUAAUAAGUUUAAUUUAGCUGAAUCAAUUUUCUUCCGUUCGUUUUGAGAAUUUGCGUACAUUGGUUUGGGGAUGGAAAGGGCUAAUAGGGAUUUGAGUAUCUGAUGUAGGGGAGGGAGAGGUUAGAUCUUAAGAUAGGAUAAGUAACGCCCUCGUACAAAUAAUAAUGAAUAUCUCGCUCGGGAUCUGUCCACUGUAUUAGUGCUGUCGAUAAGGAAUACUGUAAAAGUGUGGUGAUUAAAU